AUGUGCCGCCAGUGCUUCAGGCAGUAUGCAAAGGACAUUGGCUUUAUCAAGGUAUUUCCAGUUUUAACUUGCUGGUUAUAUUGCUGCAAAAAGUUGACAGUAUUUUAA